UAAUCAGUAAGCUAAUCUCAAACUCUUCUUCUCUUACUACUGUAUCCAUGUUUUUUUGUACAAAUUAGAUUUGCAGCAUGUUAAAUAUAGCUCCAUAAGAUGUGAUUACACAUUUAUGAAAUUUGAUAUCUUUUAUUCCCUACACUUCAAAGGAACAGAAAUAUUUUGCGUUGCCAGUUCAACCUCUGGUACCUGUCAUGUGUGGGGUGUAAGCAUUCUUGUAGCACCACUUGUUUGAUGAUGGCAAUUUUUCAUUCAUUUGCUAUCAGUACUCAUUUAACAGUAUAAUUUCUGCAGGAUAGCAGAAAUAAGAUCCAAAUUAUUGUUUUGAGGAGAUUUUCCAUUCAUCCCAGCAUAUAUACACGGACCUUAAAGAGCGUAGUCAUUAUCUCAUUACUAAAGAUUACAGAAGGUGCGGAAAGCUCCAUACAAAAAUUAAAAUUUCGUUUAUCAUGCAAUCGAAAGCCACAGAAUCCCCAGGGAAACAAUUUCUGUAACUGAAUAUUUGCUUAUGUUGGUUAUGUAAUGACUGAAUAACAUGAUGAUAUGGUGAUGUGUGAUUCUAUAUUGCCACAUCUGACUAGAGUGACAAAUUUGGGUCAUUAUUUGUGUACAUUCUUUAUAUUGUAGCACGUAUGUGAGCUUUACAUUAUGAAAUGCAUUACUUUUUUCCUGAACCACUGGGCUGAGAGAUCAGAAUCAAUAUGGAAAACUAUUCCUUGACAUUUUGUCUCCCACUGUCAGAGACAGACCUUGAUGGAGUAGUUGCCCGCAUCUCGUGGUCGUGCGGUAGCGUUCUCGCUUCCCACGCCCGGGUUCCCGGGUUCGAUUCCCGGCGGGGUCAGGGAUUUUCUCUGCCUCGUGGUGGCUGGGUGUUGUGUGAUGUCCUUAGGUUAGUUAGGUUUAAGUAGUUCUAAGUUCUAGGGGACUGAUGACCAUAGAUGUUAAGUCCCAUAGUGUUCAGAGCCACCGAUGGAGUAGUUCUGACUUUUGUCAGAGCAAGUGAAUGAACGUUCCUGUGCCACUGAAUGAAAUUGAAGUUUCAAGAGACUAUCAUACAUGUAGGCUAUCACGACUGGUGUUUACUCCAGUUAAAACUUCCAGGCAGUGCUGUUUUACCUCUGAAGAUAUCUCCCACAGUCAGUGAUGAAAUGUCAGGGUAUAGUUUUAUAUAUCAACCAGCAUGUAUCAGCCCAGAAGUUUUAACUGAUAUAUACACUGGCCUUGGAAACUUACAUUGUGUGGAGUUCUUUUGAUGAUUCAGUUUCCUCCACUGUGGCACAUUUUAUUAGACUGUUCCUGCAGUUGCUGUGCAAAAGUGUUAUAUACUUUUGUAUGUUGUGAUUGACCUUAAAUGGACAUUUGAUUUGAAUUUAUUUAAUGUUGAGUGCCUUGGACCCAAGAAUCAUUGAUACCAAGUCAAUAUGCAUUGGUUUUCUUGAUUCCAUACAGCCCUCAUAAUGCAUGCAAAACAGGACGUCCCAUUUUUUUUGUAAUACUGACACAAUAGAUUUGAGAGAUAGAAUGUUGAAAACAUAUAGUGAUGAAUCCCACUUGCUAACACACUGUUAUUCAGAUGGGUGGCAGAGGAGUUCUCAUGUGGGAUUAAGUUGGACUCCUGGUUUAUCUACUAUCGUGCUUCAACUACAGACAAACAACAGGGGAUCUUAUUAUUAGAUUGUGUGCAUCCAUUUGUUCACCUACAGUUGCAUGGAGUCAACCUAUACCACCAACAAGCCUUUUUUUGUGCUAUAUAUGACUCAGUCUAAUCAUUAUGCAUGUAAUGCCGAUGUACUGUAUUCAGAAACAAUAUCAAUUGUCAACCUUUUAAAUUCAAGCACAGAGUCUCGAAGAAUGUGCUUGCUCAUAAUCGAGGAAACAUUGCCCAUUUCCGGCUAUUGAACUCUUGUUGGCUGGCAAUGUGUUAAAUCGCACAAUAACCAGUGCAGCUACCACACCACAAUAACAUACAUAAAAUGGGCUCACCUACUGGAUGUGUGGAGAGGGAGAGUGGCCUUUCAAUGACAGGAGUGCAGGUUCCCGAGGAUUAUGUGUCAAAGGAAGUAUUUGAUGCAGUCAAUGUGUACAUUAUUCCUAAGCCUCAGCUGCAAAGAAGCAUCCUGACCAUCAAUACAUUUGGAUAUAAAAUAACGGGAUUUCCAGUGAGAAUAGAUGAUGCGAAAUAUGCAAGAAAUGCAUACUACUUUAAUCUCUGUUUUGUGUGUGAUGCAUGGGCUCGCACUGUGCAGUAUGAACCUGUUGUGAAGAAACUUUCUGAAUAUUUGUUGACAAUGGAAGAAGAAGGAUGUUUCCUGUCACAAGUUAGUUCAGAAACUACAAAGCAUCAUCAGCUUUUUAGUAUACUUAAACAGAUUCUCAACAAUUUAAAUGCAACAGGGAUGUCUACUGUGAGAGAGGGAGAAAUGACGAUGUUCCUCAAGGUUGUCAGAGCUGCUACUGAUCCUCCACCAGUUAUGGAUCAUCAUGUACCAAUUUUUACGACAGAGAAAGGUGUUUUUCAAGAGGAACAGUGGGAUUUGACAACUCAGCAGCUGCUGCCUCAUGUUGAUGGCUUCAAGCAUAUUGCACAAAUAGCUGUUGAUGCAGAUGUUGAGAACAGUCUUGUUAAAGCCUGCAUACAAAACCUCCUAUAUUACAAAGCUGUAAGCCUGCUGCCCAUAUUCUUGUACAGUAAUGUUUAUACACCAACACCAAAGGUGCGCUUGUUGGCAACAGACGCAGCAUUGCAAGAAGAGUGCAUUAAAUAUGUUUCUUUAUCAGGUCAACAAUUACCAUCUGUGCAAGAGAUCUUUGUAAUGUAUUGCAGUAUGACUCAUGGUACAACUUUGCAGGAUCUUUGCUCACGAUAUAACCCACAGGAGCAUAACAUUGAUGAAAGAAAGCUUGUACAGUUUGGACUCCUUCAUAAACUGAUUAGGCGGAUAUGUAAAUAUCCAGUCUACAUAAAAUCAACAAAUCAUUGUCAGCCAGUCACUUCACUGCAGCAUAGUUUCACUGGCCUGUUGUCAUAUGAUGAAGUAUGCUGUAGAAGAGGGUACAGUCCAAAAACUUUAGAAGAGAAAGUAGAGUCAGAUCCAUCGGUAGUUGUGAUAUGGAAAUAGUGCUGUGAUUUAAGAGUUCUCAUUUUUUUGCACAUUAAAUGGAGGAAAUAAUAUUUAUAAUGAUCUGUCUGAAGACUAUCGUACAUGUACAUACACUUUUGCACUUCAUACGAAAGAAGUUGCUUAAAAAUCACUACAGUACAAUUUUUAAUGCCAAAAUUAAUUCAGUAUUGUAGUAUUUCCAAAUGAUCUAGAGUUUAUGAAAAUGUUAUGUAAGAUUAUACCAUUUUUGUGUUUCGCAAUGAACAAUCUAUGUUUUGUGAUAAGACUGUAUAAAAUAAGAAGACUGCAUAUUGUAUGUCUACGUGAUUGUAAGGCUGACAAGUAGUUAUUUUGUUGUAGAUUCAUUAUAUUAGCAAAACUGUCUCAGUAAUUGUUUAAUACAUAAAAGCACAACGAACUGCUUUAGAAUGAGUCAUCGAAAGAGUCCAAGUAAUUAAGCUGUAAUUUUGUCAUAUUUAUUUUACCAUGAUGAGAUUCUUCUUCAUAAGCACUCAAGGCACUCGAAUUAAUUUCUUUUGUCAUCCUUGGAUGUGUAACUUACGAAAUUCAUCAUGUUGUUUUUUCUGUGUUUUUGUUUUCUUUUUUUUUCUAUGAGAUAUGAUAUUUUGUGUACAUAAAGAGAAUAUAUCACUACUUACUAAAUAGAGGAAC